UCUGGAGACCAUGCAUUCCAUCACUCCUAUCAUCACUUCCUUUUGUUUGUUUUCAUUCGUCCAUUUUACCACAUGAUGGUAUGGGACACGUCAAGAAAUAUCAGUUAAAUGUUAGAUACAUAUAUGUACAGACAUUAAAAUAAUAUAAUACUAAUAAUAACAAUAACAAUACAGAUUUAAAUAUAGCCUAUAAAUAAAAGGUAGAUACAAGUAUGUACAUACAAGUACAGACAUGAAAGUAAUAGUAGUAAUAAUAUUAUUCAAAUAUAUUCAAGUAUACACAUGUGGUCAUAAAAAAGUACCUAAUACAGGUACCUAUAGAUAACAUGCCAUCGGUGAUUUAUGAUCAAUAAUUAUAAACAGCUUAGAAAUUAAAUAAAUUGAGGAAGGCAUGCCAGGUUGUAAUAAACCUGUCGGUCAGAAAUCACCAGAGGUCAACCACCGAGACACCCUUAAAUUUAAAUUCUAUACAGGCCCAACAGUAAUUCCUAUGAACAGUGGAUUGUCACUACCAGUUAAUAAAUUAAAAGAGAAAAACAUAGGCAAGUGUUUCGUUUCACCUUUAUUACUGACAACAUUUCUUUUGACAUACAUACUUUGCUUUGGGCAAGAGACACAUAGAAAACAAAGAUUUUUUAAAAAUUUUUACUUAAGUGAAAGGUUUUUAAUUGUCUUACAUGCUUUUUAAGGCAAAUUCCAUUUAAUCCAGAACUUAAGGUGAUGUUAACAGGUUCUGGUCCCGUCUAGUCUUGUUUGUGGUACUUCUUUCAGAUACAUAUUGCUAAUGAAGACUCGGUAUGGAAAUGAGGCAGAAAUCUUGGUUGAGGAAAUCCUGAGGAAAGGGCAAGACACCGCCUCUGCCGUAAUUUUGAGAGCGUCAGAAAGACUGAAAAACACAACAGAAGCUGGUAAUGUGGAAUUGACGACCAUACGGGACAAGUUUGCGACCCUUGCAACAAAGCAGUUUCUGAUGCGAUGCCCCAACCCGGUGGAAGAGAAGGCAGUCCCAACGCUGACGAUAAAAGAACGAGAGCUGUUUCUACCACCCGAACUGAAUCUUAAGGCACUGACUGAAUUGCAGAAAGGGGAAAAUGCUGAUCCCGGAGAUAAAGGAAUAUAUUGGAGGGUGAACUUGGAUAGAUUCCACCAGGAUUUCCGGGAUGACAUCAUGAUAUCUUCCAUGACCAGACGAUUUGACGAGGAUGUUGGUGAAUUGAUGCGUGUAAUCUUGCAGCAGAUGUACCUGAGAACCGAACCUUGGGCCUCGGUUUCCAACCCUGUGCCAUUCACGGAGCUACGGGACACCAUCAAGAAGUUGAACAGUCACCCUCUGUUGAUUCAGUACCUAGAUCAGUACUUGAAGGUUAUGGAAGAGGAUUCAAGCUGUUUUGUUUCAAAGGUUGGUGACAGUGCUGGUGGCCAGUACAGCGUCAAUAUCAAGUAUGCUUUUCUGGAAUUGACUUGGACAACUGUAGAAAAUAUAGUUCUCGAGAGGUUUGGCUCAAAAGCAGCAAGAAUUUUCAGGUUAAUUAGGGCAAAAAAGUAUGUUGAACAAGAGCAGAUACAACAGAUAGCGAUGAUACCUGCCAAGGAAGCCAAAUUGCUGACUUACAAGCUGCUCGAAGAAAACUUCAUCCAGAUGAAGGAACUGAGGAAGUCGCUUACUGCAGGACCCAACAAAACAUUCUUUCUGUUUUACAUUAAAAUAGAUCAGGUUGCUAGAAUGGUAAUUGAGAUAUGUUACAAAGCACUGUACAAUGCGCUGACUCGCAGGGAACAUGAGCAGAAGGAGAACUGUCGUUUGAUUGAGAAACACCAGAGGAUUGAGUCCAUCACGUUGAGCAUGCGUGCACAAGGGAUCGCGGCAGAACAGAUAACAGAGAUUGAAGACAUGAUCACCCCACCUGAACUUACACUCCUGGAAAAAGUCAAGUCUAUGAUAAAACGACUUAGUGAUGCUGAAAUGCAACUUGAUGAUACAGUUUUCAUGCUUCAGUUGUUCCUGAACUAUCACAACUUAUAAAUAUAAAUUGAUACAUUUUAAAA